GUGGUAAGGCGUCCCACCACCUCUGCUGGCGCCGCCGCUGCUGCUUCAGCGCUGCCAGAAAUGGACGCCUGGGCAGCGCAGCGGACGGCCCAGCAGUGCCUCAGCAUCAAGUACGUGGAGGAUUUGGCAGAGGCCGACCUCACUGCCACUCCACUCGACGAGAUGCUGCAGGCGAGCGUCGACCCGGAACCCUGGCGCAUUGACCGAGGUACCAAAGACGCGUACCUCCGGGGGCGCCGUCGAUUUAAAGGUGGUCUGACAUCGCUAGCCAGGAAACCGCAGCUGCCCAUCUCCGGGCCAAGCGGGACCGGCUUUGCGGUGUCAGACCCCUGGCAUACUUUGCAGGACCGACAGUGCCACAUCGUAGUGAACGGCUCGGUGUGGGUCGGUCAAUUCGCCGUGCCAAAUAACUGCGUUAUUUGCACCUGCAUUGGGUCCGGUUGUGUUGCUCUAGGGGGCGGCGAUUAUGAUGGUGACCUUUUGAUGUUCACCUCUGAUCCUGCCCUUCUAGCUUUUUUGGAAUUCACAAAUGGCGGUCGCAAACUGCCUGAAUUCGUCGCUGCGCGCGGGGAGAUCGAACGGCAUGUAAAGAGUGUACAGUUCAAGCCGUUGCCUCUUACAAGCAUUAUGCACUACAGGCAUCAUUGCUUGACAACUCCCACACCGCAGAUUCGGGGGCUCCUCACUGCGAUGGCAGAGAAGACGCAGCAAGCGGCAUUUGAAUCCCUUGCACCCCACCGCGACGGUUCCCUAAUUCGGGCCGUUCGCUUGGCCGUCGCUGCCGAGAAGGCUUACGACGCGCCGAAAAAAGUGAACGCAAAGGCCAUAAUUGAAUUGGGUCAUACCCUACUUCGAGAUGCAUGCCUGCAAAUGAAUUCGCCGCGCUCUACGAUUUCACUCCGUCCAUUGUUUCUGUAUGCACAAGGCGCUCCUCAGCUUGACCCUGAGAAGGUUCUGUGCAACUGCAUGCCCAAAUUCAAC